ACUUUAAAAAAUAUUUUGGUUUCCACCGUAAACUUGGAAUUUUUGCGUGAAAACUGAUUUGUUUUUUUGGAAAAGCUUUUCAUUCAUACUGUAUACCUCGUCGUUCUUCUGCAAAAACUGUUGGGAAAGUUUUAUUGAAAACCUGGUCCGCUGUCGGGAAAUCGUUCGAUCGCUGCCAGGGAAAGCUAAUUUCAAAAUAUAUUAAUAUUUACUUAGCUGAUGGCAUUGUUUUGCAACUAAAUUUUAGACGAUGUCUGACUUUAUAUCAGGAUCAGAUGCGCAGCAAGAUUAUAUCCUCGUCAGGACUCUUGGUAGGGGAGCAUUUGGAGAAGCAAAUUUAUAUAGAAAGAUUGAGGAUAACAGUCUUGUGGUAUGGAAGGAGGUGGAUUUAUCGAAAGCAGAUGAGAAAGAACGAGUAAAUGCAAUGAAAGAAAUUGAGAUUCUGUCGUUAUUAAAUCAUGCAAAUAUUGUUGCGUAUUUUAAUCACUUCAUGGAUGAAAAUCUGUUGCUCAUUGAAAUGGAGUAUUGCAAUGGUGGAAGUUUGCAUGAUAAGAUAAGCAGAGCAACGUCCUUAUUUGAAGAAAGUGAUGUUAUCCAUGACUUCUACCAGUUAGUCAGUGCUGUGGCACAUCUCCAUGACAAUGACAUACUACAUAGAGAUAUUAAAACACUAAAUAUAUUUCUGACAAAGUCUGGUUUGUUAAAACUUGGUGAUUUCGGGAUUUCUAAAGUUCUCGAAGACCCACAAGAAAUGGCAGAAACCGUAGUCGGAACGCCGUAUUACAUGUCUCCUGAACUAUGUAAAGGAGAAAAAUACGAUUCUAAGAGCGACUUGUGGGCUGUUGGUUGCGUUCUUUACGAGCUGUUAACUUUGAAGAAAGUUUUCGACGCAACGAACCAACUCAAGUUAAUCUGGGACAUCGUCAAAGGAGAAUACGAGGACAUAGAUGAAAAAUAUACAAGUGAAAUUAGAGAUCUUCUAAACAGUCUUCUGUAUCAGAACCCAGAUGAAAGACCUUCUGCAGACGAACUGAUGAAAAAUCCCUUGUUGAUUUCAAUCCAAGGGGAGAUGUCGGGGAAAAUCUGGAAGUUGAACACGUCAUCGAGGCGAACAAGGCUGAUUUCAGCUGUCGAGCCAGUUCUUCCAGUGAUAUCCUCAAGAAUAAGUGAGGUGUUUUGCUGGGGCGGUGGAAAACAAACUCCUCAGAAAAUCGAUCUUUUUCAAGGAGGCAACACAGUUUUACAGGUUGCAGCAGGAAGAUCUCAUUUUGCUGUCGUAAACGUGGAGAAAGAAAUUUAUACUUGGGCUGCAACUCAAGGCAUGGGUCAAAUGGUUGGGCAACUAGGCCACAGUUUAAGAGCCUCGUGUCGUACUCCAAAAAUAGUCGAAAAACUUCAUGGGAUAGCGGUAAAACAAGUUGCCUGUGGCGAAGAUUUUACUGCCUGUCUCACGGACGAAGGUAAGCUCUACAUGUUUGGCUCAGAUUACUAUGGUUGUUUGGGGUGUGAUCAGAAGUUUGGGGAGGAGGUUUGCCAACCGACAAUCGUGGAAUACUUCAUGAAAGAUUCGAUCAAACAAAUUUCCUGCGGGGAUUGCCAUGUGGUCGCUUUGGCAGAUUCUGGCGUGUACUCUUGGGGAUGUGGUGAACAAGGUCGUCUUGGAGUAGGAAGUGAAGAAGAUUAUGCAACGCCACAAAAGGUCAACCCUCCUACAGACAAGAUCAAGGCUGUUUAUUGCAGUGCUGAUGGAUCACUCUUGUUAACAACUUCAGGACGAGUUUUGGCGUUUGGGAACAACGAACACAAUAAUUUGGCAUUGAAUCUUCCGUCGCGUCUGAAGAAGAGAAAUACUAAUAGUUCAGGAAAUGUUUAUUCUUCAAACGUACCGACCGUCGCGAGAUCUUUAACUAGGCAUUGUAUUGGUAGCAUUGCUCCUGGAAAAACGCAUUCUGCCUUUGUCGAUGUAUAUGGACAUCUGUUGACAGUUGGGGAUAACUCCUACGGGCAGUUGGGUCAAGGCGAUUAUAAACGUCACGAAGGACCGUGUCGUGUUCAAAGCAACUUAUCAGGGGACAAAGUUUUGCACGCGGCUUGCGGUGAUGGCUAUACCAUUGUUUGCACUGCUAAGAAUCAUGUAUACUCCUGGGGUAGAGGUGACAAUGGAUCGCUUGGCAUACCCGUCGCUAGUUUGGGAAAGAAAACAAAGGAUGGCAUACCUGUGACGUCAUUACCCAAGCCCAUAUUUGGCUCACUUCAUGCAGUCACAAGCUUGGCAUGUCGCUAUUGGCAUACCAUUAUCGUGGCGGAUCGUGUUCUUGGGAGUAGGACUAUAAAGACUCCCAGUGCGACGAAUUCUCCACGAUCGUUACAGAUCGAUUCAAACGACAGGACCAGUGAUAUGGGUGACUCGUUUUCACACAGUCUAAGUUCGCUCUCGUUAAGCAGCGAUGAUCCCUUUACCAACAGUCAAGAUUCGGGGGCGAGGAAUAUUUUGUCCGAUGAUGAGGUGGAAACACCGAGAUGGUUGCAAGAUGACUUUGACGACGCCGUAGCGGCUGAGGGAAAUAUCCCCGCUAGUAAUAGUGGCGAGGCUCGGAAUUUGUCCGAAUCGGAAAGCACGGUCCCUGAUUGGCUGAGAAAGGAACUACAGGAAGCCGACAAUUUCCUGCCUAACAGUCCCCGCGUCAACGAUAAUGGUAACGACAGGCCACAAAACAUGGAUUGCGGAAAUGCUUCUGUUGCCGUUCAAACUGAAUUCGAAGCCGGAAUUCAAAGCCCUGUUGCUUUAGGUUCCUUGGGCGAUGCGUCUCGAGAACAAUUGAUAGAUCUGGUUGCAUAUUACAAACAGGAAAACACCAUGCUCGUGCGAAAGAAUUUGGAACAGAGAGAGACGAUUGAGGGCCUACAGCAAAAUCUCGACCACCUCUUGACCAAAAAAAGUAUGUAAAUGAAAAUGCAACACAACAAGCUACAUUUCAUGAUAUUAGAGUGAAAUUGCAUCGCGAAACGUUGAAAGUAACCAUGACAAUAUUGCUACAUUAGUACGUUCCAAUAACCAUCUCACUAUGGUGUCAAAGCGAGGGCUGUCUAAGGUUUUCGUCAUUAUCACCACAAUAAAGAAAGUGCUUGGUAAUCGUUUUCUUAAAAUUAAUAUGGAUUAUUUUAGUCAUUCUUUAACUAUUCUUUGAAUAUACUGUUCCGAGGUCGUGACCUCAAUAUGACUGGAACACUCUAAGUUGAGUGUUCGACCAAUCAGAUCACAGGAUUUUAUUCCCAGGGGCUGCGUGGAGCCUAGUACUCGUCGUUCGAGAAGGCAUUUACAACUUGUGAGUGAAAUCGACAACUGUUCGCAGCUA